AUGUCCGUGCAGUUCGUGCGAAAAACUCAUUAUUUCUUCAGUGCAAGUAAAGAUAAAACGAUAACAUAUUGGGACGCUGAGAGAUUUCUUCAUGUUACGACCAUAGAAGGUCAUCAUUCAGAAAUAUGGAGUCUUGCAAUCAGCCAUGACGGCGAGUUUGUUAUCAGUGGGUCACACGAUAAAUCGUUAAGACUCUGGGAACGAACGGACGAACCGUUGUUCGUGGAGGAGGAGAGAGAAAUGGAGAGGGAAGCAGCUUACGAAGAAAGCGCCGUAACAGGAGUUGAAACAAUUAUUCCUGGUGAACAAGACACAGAAGCUGUUAAAGCUGGCAAGAAAACUGUCGAGACGAUCAAAGGAGCUGAAAGAAUCAUGGAGGCCAUUGAAUUGUAUAAGGAAGAAAGACAGAAAGAACUUGAACAUAAAGCGAGUCAAGUGACGAAAGACAAAACGCUUCCAAAGCGCGUCAUUCAUCCGAAUCUUGCUGCCUUUGGUAAUGUCAGUCCUGUACAGUAUGUACUUCUAGUGGUGAAAAAAGUAAAGUCAAGUGAACUUGAAGAAUCAUUGCCUGUGUUACCGUUUGACUAUGUUAUUGAUGUACUGAAACUUCUUCUUGAGUGGAUUAAGAAUGGUUGGGAAACAGAGUUAAGUUGUCGAUGUCUGUUCUUUCUGGUGCGGUAA